AUGGCCGGACUAUUGGCUAGAAUUCCCAUCAACCACCGGAUUUUUCCGUGUGAUAGCCGGGAAAUUGAGUUUUCCGGCGACCCCGCUGCCAUAAAUUUGUCAGACACUGUUUUUGAGUUUCUGAAUGAAGAGUCCGAAGGGUUGUCGAGCUUCGACGGGAAAAAUGAAGAUGACAGUGAAGAUGAAGAGGAGAAAAGUGGAAACGAGAAUAGUGCAGAUAAUAGCUUCUGGGAGACUCAAAAUCAGCUUUUACAAGCUACACUAUGCAGGACAAGUUCUUUAGAGUCAAAAAUUCGUAGUAUCACUAAGGAGACAAUGAAAGAAGCACAAGAGACGGCGAAUUGGUGCGGCUGCGGAAGAACACCAGUCAAUACUGGCUGCCGGAAUUGUUUGAUGAAAGAGGUGUGCCGCCGCCUUCAAAAUGCUGGUUUUGAUAGUGCAAUUUGCAAGUCUAAGUGGAGAAGCUCCCCGGAUAUUCCAUCAGGUGAACACACAUUUUUAGAUGUAAGAGAUAAAUCGAGCUCCAGAAAAGGGGAAAUUACGGUUAUUAUCGAAUUGAAUUUUCGAGCAGAAUUUGAAAUGGCAAGAGCAAACGAAGAAUACAACAAGCUAAUUCGAAAACUACCAGAAAUUUUUGUUGGGAAAAUUGAAAGACUGCUUGCCUUAUUGAAGAUUUUGUGCUCAGCCGGCAAAAAAAGUAUGAAGGAGAAGAAAAUGCACAUGGCGCCAUGGCGGAAACACCGGUACAUGGAAGCCAAGUGGCUUAGAAUUUGUGAGCGGUUGACAUCCACGGCGCCGUUGUCGACUGGGUAUUCCGGCAGCACGCCUCGGCCAAGGGCCUCCAUGCUCACUGUAGAUUUGACGGAAAACUUUCCUAAUUUGCACCGAUCCGUGGUUGAAGUGGUGUGA